AUGAUCUGUAGGGACGACACACAGUACUCCGACGGCACCGGCAACCUCGACACCGGCGAGGGCUUCGCGGCGGCUCCCAACAUCAACCACCUCAACACGCAGGUCCAGCGUGAGCUCACGGACUGGCUGAACUGGCUCAAGACUGACAUCGACUUCGACGGGUGGAGGCUCAACUUUGCCAAGGGUUACUCAAGCAUCGCCAAGAUCUACGUCGAACAGACACAGCCAAACUUCGUGGUGGCUGAGAUCUGGAGUUCAUUAGCUUACGGAAACGAUGGGAAGCCAGCAUACGAUCAGAACGGCAACCGCCGAGGGCUGGUUAAUUGGGUUCAGCAGGUCGGAGGCCCAGCGACGACCUUCGAUUUCACUACAAAGGGAAUACUACAAGUUGCCGUGGAAGGUAAAUUGUGGAGGAUGCGUGAUCCCCAAGGGAAGGCGCCCGCGCCCAUCAUGAUGCGGUAG